UGUUGCUUUUGGGAUAGACAUAUUGGGCUUCCAUCAUUCUCAUUACUCAUUUAGAUUUAGGCCAUACCAAACUGCUUACAAUACCAUGGUUUAUCGUUUAUAGAUCCUAUUCUUGGUCCCUCAGUUGGUCGAAAGCUCCCUCUCAAGGUUACUAUUAGUUACACUCUGACUGCUCUGACCUGGAAGAAGCAUACAUUUUCAUAGAACCUUUCCUACCUACCAGCCUCUAUCCAAGAUUCCAACUCUGCAAAAGGGUAAAGAAACUACUACACAAGAAUCUAUUCCAGAGUCUACUGCUCACAAAACUUGCUCGCUAAUAUGCUACUUCCUCACCACCCAUCAUCCAUUCCCGACUCAUUGUGGAGGUCAAGAUUUAAUCUUCAUCACCUCAGCACCCAGCUUCACAGGCUAUCCAUUCCCUACACAGCAACAUUCAAUGAUAGGCCAACCACAUUGUUCAAAACAAAUCAACAUUCCUUCUCUACAUUACCCUCCAAGAAUCACCAUCCUCUCCUUUUAACUACAAAAUGUACACCCCAAAGUUUGGCACUUCCUGUUGUUUCCCAUGAUGAAGGGGAAAAUAGUGUAGAAACAGUGAAGAAUCAGCUACCACAAGAACCACAGAAACAAUACAAGGAGAAGAGCUUCUGGGGUGCUGUUAGUUUGAUUAUUGGUACUGCAGUGGGGCCUGGAAUGCUGGGUUUGCCAGCUGCAACAAUAAAAUCAGGUCCACUUCCGUCAACCAUUGCCAUUCUUCUUUCUUGGGUUUAUGUUAUUUCCUCCAUCAUUCUUGUUGCAGAGCUUAGUUUUGCCGCAAUGGAAGAAGAUGGACUUGCAGAGGUGAGCUUUACUGGCCUUGCAACAAAGGCAUUAGGAGGUCAUUUUGGUGCGUUUGUUGCAGUCAUUUAUGCCUCCCUGAGUUUUUCUUUGUUAGUGGCUUGUGUUUCAGGCAUUGGUUCAAUAGUGUGUCAAUGGUUUCCCUGGAUGAAUUUGGUAUUGGCUCAUGCUCUGUUUCCUCUUGCUGUUGGAACUGUUAUCAUGUUCUUUCCAUUUAAGGCCAUUGAUUUUACAAACAGGCUUUUAUGCUUCCUCAUGCUUUUCUCCAUAACUGCGUUAGUGGCCAUUGGUUUAUCCGUGGCCAGAGCAAAUGUGUUACGCUCCUUUGCUCAUGCCUCAUGGAGUUUGUCAUCUAUUUUGCCAGCGAUACCUGUCACUGUACUCACAUUAGGGUUCCAUGUCAUCACUCCUUUUAUUUGCAAGAUUGCUGGAAAUUCUGUAUCCGAGACUCGAAAAGCAGUACUGAUUGGAGGGGCUGUUCCAUUGAUUAUGGUUCUCUCAUGGAAUUUGAUUGUUUUAGGGCUUGCUGGAACUACCUCAGUUACCUCACCAAAAGACCCUAUAUCCCUAUUACUUUCUGUGAAUCCUUCUGCUUUAUCUGCAGUUCAAGGCUUUGCUUUCUCUGCUUUAGCAACUAGCCUGAUAGGAUAUGCUGUAAGCUUUCCAAAGCAACUUCUUGAUACCUUGGAGUUAAUUUUAGCGAAAACAAGUUUAGAAAAGCAAAACUGUUAUCAGUCUCAGUUGGUCUCUACGGGUGAUGGCUCUGGGAGAGUUGGUUUUGUGAUUUAUUCGGGUCAGGAGGAUUGCGGAAAAAUUGGGAAAGUUUCAUUUGGCUCAAACAGUAUUGCUGCCUCAGAAGAUGAACUACUGUUAAGAAUGACUGAGCUUAAAUCAUUUGAAAUGUUUGUAAUGCCACUAGUUCUCACUGCUCCAGUUCUCAUAGCUUCCUUCUUCCGCUCAACCUUUUCCAGAGCCCUUGAUUUUGCUGGGGUUUAUGCAAACUGCUUCCUGUUUGGCAUCCUUCCUCCAGCAAUGGCAUACAUACAGCAAUCAAAGAAGAAGCUAAGGUUGUCUAUCCUCCCGGGAGGAGAUGCCACACUUGCACUACUGUUCAGCAUUGCUGUCAUUUUGGGGAUUUGGCAUUAGAUGGCCAGCAGGUAGAUCUAAUAGAGAAAAGAAUAGUGUGUUCCCAGACUGACACUAAAGAUACUUCAGCAAUCUCUUUAACUGAAGAGGCACAACUGCUAAAAUGAAGUAGAUGAGAUCCUUCUGGACUAAGAUUUUCAUCCAAGGAAUCAAUUGAUACAGCAUUCUCAGGCUCCAUGUUGGCACUGAAUUCGCAGCAUGCUUUCUGCAAUCUGUAUUAUUUGGAAAAUGUUACCGAGCGAGAGAGAGAACCUUGGAGAACACGAUUCUGCAGGCAAUGAUAUUUUAAUAUAUAGGUGCCCCUCACUGGAUCCGUCAGCUGAUGAUCACCUACUGAGAUGUUUGAAAGAUUUAGAACUUGGUGUAGGAGGCUGAACCCCUUUGAGCUCUAAUGUAAUAAGUUCAGUCUUUUGUUGUUCUUGUUCAGAUCUAUAUAUCUUAUCAUGUUUUUGUUUGUAUCCACUACGGGAUGCAUACAGUUUCUAUCAUGUUGUCAAAUAUCUCACAUGAAAGAAUAUACCUCUCUGUCCUUUUU